AUGGGUAUCCGAGAUUUCUUCGACAAACCAUUCUUCGACCCUCGGUACAAGACCAAGGUCCAUAUUCUGCAACUCGCCAUUAUGCUAGUUGCUAUUAUACUCACCAUCGCACGCAUGGCUAUGCCGGUCAUUACCACACGAGCAAACAUGAUGGCCCUCACUAUGGGCAUCAAGUCUCUCAUAAUCAUUGGCUACCAGCUUCUCACCACCCACAAGGAGCGGUUCAAGAAAUGGGCUUCCCUAAAGGCCAAUGCCAUCCUCAAUACCCUAGAGAUUCUUUUCUGGUUCGUCGCCUUGGGCCUGUUGUUCCAGGCAAAUACACGUUUCUGCACGGGCCCCAGUUGCGCAUUGAGCUGGAUUGUUACCCUUCUCUGCGCCGUUCUGAUUGUUCUCGCAUUUCAGACAUCUGUCGUCUCCAUCAAGGAACACCGUCACUUCAAGAACUACGGCGUUACUUAUGAAUCGAAUACAAAUUACCCCAAGGUGUAA